AUGGCUACUCUUGGUGAAGCGAUCUGUUGUGAGUCCAUAAAGUCACUAGCGGAGGAGAAGAGUGAAGCGAUCAAAACAUUAUGCGGUGCUGGAAGCACACUUUCUCCUCAGUGUUGCAGAGAUAUUGCAAAUGAGGUUAGACGAUAUGUUGAUGCAUAUGAAGCAUUAUGUUUGAAUAAAAGUAAGUAUUUGUGAAGUCUUUAUCAGGGCUGCCGAAAGCCUGGCGGGGGCCCGUGGCAAAUUUUUUUUAGGGGUCCCUAUUUCAAAAUUUUUUCCCGAAAAAGUUUUUUCAUUUUUUAUCAUUUUCUAUCGCAAUGAUUCAAUGAAGGUGUCAUUUGACAGCUAAAUAAAAGCCUGAUCUUUAUACAUACGAAAACAGAAAUAUAUAAUUAUUUCUAAUUACAUUCCUAUAAACGUAAUAACUAACACCAAAAGUAGAGCCAUAUUUCUGCAGUCUAAUAGUAAUGGCAAAUUAUCUAUUUUAUUCAAGCUUUAUGUAUAGACCCCAAACCAUUAGGAAUGACAAGUGGUAAAAUACCUGACAAUGCAAUCACGGCUUCAUCUUACUAUGGCAAAUAUAACUACCCUUACUAUGCAAGACUGACAAAGACAGGUUCUUUGUGCUCUUGGACACCUACUGCAGCAGGGAGAGUCGGUUCGUGGCUUCAGGUUGAUCUGGGACAGCUCACCACAGUGACAGGAAUAGCAACCCAGGGAACAUGCUAUAACUACAAUAAUUGGGCAAAGUCGUACUCGGUUUCCUACAGCAAUGAACCCAAUUCAUGGACACUUUACGAAGAAUCAGGGAAUGUAAAGGUAAGUCAGCGCAUCAAUCUUGUAUGGUGAAAUUUUACAAAACACGGAUUCAGAAAUUAAUAUAAAGGCCCGUUUACACUUGCAUCUGUGGCUGCGAUUUCUAAUGCGAUUUUUUUCUUCUGAUAAUAAUUAGUAAUAAUAAGUGAUGUUUAUGAGUUUAUCGAACUCUCUUGCGGCAUUUACACUGAAUUAACUAGUCUAAAGUAUUCCUAAAACUAUUUGUACAAAAAUGAACGAGUACAUAAACUGUUAAAACUAUGUCUUGAAACAUUGAAAAUAUUUUAAAUGAUCUUAAAGCUCUGCGUCUGAUUGUGUCGUCACACAAAACGGUAUUGUUUUGCACACUUCGUAGGCUUGUACCUACAUGCAUUCGCUCAUCUUAGGUUUUGGGAGCAUAAAGUGCGCGCAAGUGCAUUUUAGUCGUGUGAACGAGUAGAUGAGUUACGAAUGUUCUGAGUAUGUUUGCCCUCAUGAUCAUCUGAAUAUUCAUAACUUGUUCACAUGCAUCGGAAGUCGAAAAUCGUACUAGAAAUCGCAGCAAAAUUUGCUAGUGUAAACGGGCCUUUGUAAGUGUACAAAAAAUUGUCCACUUAGCCCUGUUGUACUCGGGAAACUCAACUGAGUGGGAUGAAUUUUUGAAACCUCAUCUGACUUUUUUAAUUUAGGUUUUUCAAGCAAACACCGAUCGAAGUUCCAUUAUUACCCACUCAUUUAAAUCUCCUAUUCGUGCUCGCUACAUUCGUGUGUUGCCACAAUCUUGGAACAAUGCUCCUACAAUGAGGCUCGAGCUUUACGGUUGCCGCCACUAGUUUGCAUGUAAUUAAUAGAUGCAUGCAUUGUUAUGUCACAGAUCUGUGUUUUCCAGUAAUAAUUGCUACAUAUGUAAUGCAUGGUUACUUUUCUUUGUAAUAUGUUUUGUUAUUGUAAUUGUAAUAAAUUGUAGCUUGGCCAACUGGCAUGCAAGUGUGGACUGAAUGUGUUCUUUGAAGACUUGUCAUGCAGAGGGUGGUAAAGGGUAUAUUUGUGAAAUGUGAAACGACGGGUUUUUGUGUUGUGAAACGUGAUUUACUUGCCUAGCCGUGAGCCGUGAUUGGAGACUAUAGAAGAGUUUAGUAAGAAGUGCGAACGUGAAGAAGAGCAAUGCUUUGGAUGCAAUAAUUUUACUGCAUGCAUGUAUUUGUAGUGAUUUUUAGUAGAUAUAUUGUUGUUGUUUUUUUAAAAGUCUCAAUACCGAGCUUUCAGUGGUGAAAUUAGUUUGGAAAACGUAAAAGUUAACAAUUGACGAUAUAUCGAGUAAAAUUUUCGUAUUUGUGAAAAAGUUAGGAUAUGUCGUAAAAAAUUUUUUGUAUUUUUGGAAAAAUUAUGAUAUGUCCGGAAAACUUUUGUAUAUUAGGAAAAAUAAUUACAUGAAAUUUUUUGUAUUCCGGAAAAAAUUUUACGACCUACAAUUCGACCUUACGAUUUACAUUUCCAACACAGUUUCUGAGAUGUAAUUCAAGAGGUAACUUACCAUUGCAUUUGAACUAUUAUAUCAGUUUGUGUUAUUCGUCGAGAACAGCUUAUGCACACAUUUCUCCACUUCGUCGUAAGUUUACAGAGCAAACAUGCAUGAAAAUCUAACCAUAAACAUUUUUUAAUCUUUCUAUCCUACCGUUACUCUAAUAUCUGUGACAUCAGAACGACAAUAGUAUAUGGAAACUUGCACCCAUUAUUGGAACCUUUUCACUAUAGACCACAAUAUCAGCCAAUAAUUAUUUUAAGAGCACACAGAUUAUCCAAUGCUUUUACUUACACAACAACGAUACACUGUAUACACUGUAUCACCAUUAAAGACCACACAUAUACUUCAAACUUCGUGUGUUGCCAAAAUCUUGGAACAGCUUUCCUGUAAUGAGGCUCGAGCUUUACGGUAAUUGUCGCCACUAGUUUGCAUGUAAUUAAUACAUGCGUUCAUGCAUGCAUUGUUAUGUUACAGAUCUGUGUAUACCAUGAUGCAUGAUCAUGCAUGGUUACUUUUUCUUUGUAAUAUGUUUUGUUGUUGCAAUGAUAAUAAAUUGAAACUUGGCCAACUGGCAUGCAAGUGUAUACUGAAUGCGUUCAUUGAAGACUUAUCAGAGGGGUGGUGUGAAGGGUAUAUUCGUGAAUUGUCAAUAUUUGUUCUUAGUCCAGUCAAAUCACUAUAAGUACAUGGUCCUGAUCAAAGUAAUCGCAAUAGAUUUGUUUUCAGUGGUAAAGUGUGAGAAAAGUUGUUCUGAUUAACAUACUAAAAAUCCCUUCGGUGGAACAUGGUGAAAAUCGAGUUUUUCUUACUUCUACCUAUAGAAAACCAUUGUGGACAGAAUGUUGAAAUUUUGAACUCAUUUUUAGGCAAAUAUAACAUGCAUCAUUGGAAAGCUUAGAAAAAAAUAAAAUAUAGAUUAUUAAACGGUUACCUUGCUUUUGCCUAUCCAGCCGAAGUUAUACAAGAUUUAAAAUGCUAUAAAUUUAUAUUUUGUGCAAAUUUUGCGCUAUUUUUCCAACUUUGAGCUAGAGUAACGACAAACUGAUCAGUAAAUUGAAUAUAACGGUUUAAUUUACCUUUAUAUAGUUUUGUUUUAGAAAAUAUUAGAGAGUUAAGCAAACGACUUUUUCGAUUCACGAACGCCGACCGAAAGUACUGAUUAAGCCGUUAAAGAUGUAGCCAGAUAAAGACCCAGAGUUAUCGCUGGAGCAAGAUAUGAUAGGAUUAGAUCAAGUGAUCUUUUGGAAGGUUUAAGAUGGGAUAGUCUACAUGUUAGGUGGGCUAAGUUGAAGUGUAUCCUCAAGGCUGCCCAGAAGGGGGGGGGGGGCAAACGUGGCAAUUUGCCCCGGACCCCCAGAUAAUAAAGGGGCCCCCAAAAUUUGCAAAAGGGGGGGGGGGCAAAAGGUGUAAUUAAAAAACAUUACUGAUUUGUAUAUAUAAGUAAUGGUAUGAGAGAAAUCUUUUAGACCUUAAUUUUACUGGUAUUGGUCCGAAAAAGCGUGUUUUAGCCGUGAUUUUACAGGUAUGUGGCCGGAAUAUUUUUUUGAACCUUUUUUUGGACAUGUCCGGGGGAAUUUUUCUCUGUGCGGCCUUCUCUUUUCUCUGUGCGGUUUCUCUGAGUAUCCUAAUGUAUAAAGUCCUUAAUGAAAAUUAUUCGCCAUGUUUUAGUCCGUGUGUUGUGACCUCAAAGUGCCUAGAAAACGAUUUUCAUUAAGCAUGUCCUAGAUCGAAUACGCUGAGUUCAAAUCCGAAAAGUUCCCACUCCGUAGACCCGCAGUUUUUUCACAAAAUGCUAUUUUAUCUUCACUAAUUUCACAGCAAAUUUUUUCAUUGUUCAACGACACGGAUCGAUGACGAUACACGAUUAUGUCACUCAAAAGGACCAGUUUCCAUAAACCAUUCUUCCUUUUAACAAAAGACCGGUUUUGCUCGAAUCAUUUUGAGUUAUGCAAUCUUAUGCGUGUUGGACGUAAACAGUAUAUCUUGUCUACAACUUUGUCUUUUGAGAAGGUACAGAUAAUUCCUUCUGAAUAUCCUUAGUAGAUCGAUCUAUCUCUAUAAAAUCACAAGGACGUUAAUGUCAAGUCUUUGGGCUAUGUUUCUGGGCUGAGAAAUAAUUCGUUACAUGCGAUCAAAAUGUUUUACACAAAGAUAUAAAACACUAAUCUAUAUGUAAUGGACCAGCAAUGAGAUUUCCAACACGGUUUCCGAGACGUAAUUCAAGAGAUACAGUAACUUAUCAUUGCAUUUGAACUAUUACAUCAGUUGGUCGGUUAUAUACUGUGCGAUAACCGAAUAUUAUUGGAAAGAGGGCUUCUAUAUACGUUGAAAUCAUCAAAUAAGCAGCUCAUGCACACAUUUCUCCACUUCAUGGUAAGUUUACAGAGCAUAUUUUAUAUUUUGGCACUGCAUGGUCUUUACCCUGCUGACAGUGGUUUCUGAGCUGAGGACGUUUCAUGUACUGUAAAGGCUAGCUGGUUCUCUUCACGUAAAAUUAUAUGGGAAACGUACGAGGCAGAUAUGGGCAUUUGACUAUGUUUUUGCCCGCACCGUUGGGAAUUUGACAAUGCGCGCACCGUCGGAAAUUUGACCGUAUUUUUUUUUGAAAAGUCAAAUUCCCCGGGGUUCGCCCGGGGGGGGGGGCGAAUCAUAUAAUUUCGACUAAAUCACUGCACUUUCAGCUUAUUAUGAUAUAAAAUGUCGUCAACAAUUUGAAUAGAAAUUUGUAUAUAUCAACGAUAAACUUUUAAUUGAAACCUUGUCUUGACAUGAAUCGACGUCAACGUGAAUUCACUGCUCUGCAAAGUCACUCGUUGUCUCUAAACAAUCCCAGUAAAUCGCUGCCUCGGCUAACGAUAACUUUCUCAGCUCCUUAGUCAAAGUUCCCUUUGUAUUUGCAAUGUUGAAGACAUGCCAAUAAAUUGCCCAUAUAAGUAGGACAUUUGCUGCGAUCUACUCUAAUGCGCAUAUCAAAUAUAGAUAAGCAUUUCAAAUUUAGAUCAUUUUUAGACCUGAAUUGAUAUAAACAAAAAUAUAAAGUCCAUAUAAACGCAUGGAGGGAUAUAAUACAUAAUAAAAUGCAAAUAAUGCUAUAUCAAGAAAUGCGAUACAUCAGGCACGAUCUCCCACAGCGGUCUGUAGUGUUGGCCUUUGCGAGAUUCCAUAUGCAACAACAAACAACGUUAGCAUCCUUUUAUUGACUCUGAAACUCACGGAAUAUGCUGCGCAAUCGUUUAUCUUUGGUUUAAGCUUUUAUAUGAUGUGCUAAUUAUACGUCCAGACGGUCCAGUUGAGCGUGAAUUCUUUAAAACCAGGCAAUAUAAUAACGACCAAAUGCGCAGAUAGCGCCUGUGUACACGCAGACUUGAUUGAAGAAAUACGCAUUUUGCCACCAGAUAUUUAGGUCGAAACAACAAUAAUUUAGUAUCGAAAUGCUCGUCACAGUGAAGCGAUUCUGAAUUCGACCGUACCACAGAAUUAAGAUCAGUACCAGAAGGGCCACUCAGCGGUGCAACGUGUCCCCAUUUUUCUAUGCAAAAACAUGCAAUUGACUGGCUAGGAAGAUGGCGGCCAGCCAAUACAGCGCGUUCAUUGGCCAGAAAAUGUAAUCGACUGGCUAGGAAGAUGGCGGCCAGGGGCCCUUCUGUGUGCCUUAUUCUGUGACCGUACUUUUGAGACUACGCAUGCUCCGAUUGAGAUAUGCCGCUUUUUUGUCUGACCGCGCACCUACUUCGCGUCACAACAUAUGGAUUUAUUCUAUCGGAUUACAAAGUUUCGAAACGAUUUUGCCACUAGCAUAUUCUUCAUUUUCUGCCAAAUUUUGACCUUUAUAGAUAGAAUUAUGGACAUAUGUUAUGUAUCCGUCCGUACUUUUCAGAAAAGCAAUAAAAAUAAUCAUUAAUGUACAGUUUUGUUCAUGAUUUUGGCGUUUUGCAACCAUUUAUCGCUGAAAUUUCUGGGGACUGGGAACGAGCUCUGGUUUAAUAGGCAAAUGUCCAAAAUUUCUUGCCAUGGCAGGAUUAUUCGUUAAUUUUACAGUUUUACUCGUCUUGUAAGCCAUCGUGUUGAAAACAAAAUUUUCUUCAUUCCUUGCCGUAAGCCCUUCCUACUCCUCCUAAGUUUGAGUUUGUCGAAAUUUGCAUGCGCGAGCCGGUAUGCGCAGUGCAAAUUUUUGUGUCGAUUUAUGGCAGGCAUCUCACCAAACUUUUUCUCACCACCCGAUUCCUCAGUGAGAUGCCUGCGGAGGAGGCUGGCAUCUACUUAUAAAGUUAUUAAUCAACUAAUCCCAAACAUAGCGAAAUUAAUCAAGGGAGCACGCAAGAGUUCGUUUUGCCUGUCUUUUAAUCAUUUUAUUACCUUCGUUUUGUUUUUGUCCGCCAUUUUGAAAUAUAUGCGGUAUCAUUCAUUAAUAUAUCGCAGGCGCUAAUCACGAAGUUCGGCCGAAUGAGUUCCGAAUUUUCGGGUUCGGAACUCAUUCGACCGAACUUCGUGAUUAGCGAUCAAUAAAAAUGUAAAAAAUCAAUAAAAAUGUAAAAAAUGAUGAAAUCAGUGUUUUCAUCAUAUGAUGUAACCUUAAUUACAAUGCGUAAAACACCUAGUCAUCCGACGGGAAGAGGAUACUAAUAAGUGGAGUUUCCGCCAAGUGGAAUGUCAUUCGCUGUUGUACUUUGUGUCGGAUUACUAGAUGUUUAUACAUGUUUUUUGUCGGAUUACUAGGUGUUUUACGCAUUGCAUUGAUAAGGUUUCCCUUAAUUGCGUCACAACAUUCCUUUAGUUUCUUGCCAUCUGACCAUAUCCUGCUGAGUUCUUGACGAAAUAGUUCGAACUUCGGACGCAUAAUUAAAUAUGAAGAAUUUCGGUUAAAUAUUCAGUUGGGCAUUUGAUCGCUUACACGUGUUUUACUAGCAAAAGCAAUGUCUGAGCGAAAACUGGAAAUUUAGAGCAUUUUUCGACCAACGACUCUUACGUACGACUUUUUACCCACGACACACGACUUUUUACACUCUAGGCCAAGCUUAAUUAACUAAUUAUAGUACUUGAUAACUAGACUUCAUGCCGGCACUGAAGAACAAAAAAAUUCCGCUUGGGCAUAUGAAAUGACGCACACGAUUUUUGAUCACGAUGAAAUUUAAUUGGUUAAAACUGGUCCACGUGACUUGAGUAGCUAAAAGUUUUAAACGAAAACGCAAGUCAAUUUGUGCAGUGUUGUACCGACUUCCAAACGUGUUACAACAACGACGUGAAAAUGGCAAAAAUGAUUUUUCUGAUUUUCGUUGGUUUUCUUGCGAUGGUUACUCUUGGUGAAGCGAUCUGUUGUGAUUUGAUAAAGUCACUAGCGGAGAAGAAGAGUGAAGCGAACAAAACAUUAUGCGGUGCUGGAAACACACUUCCUCCUCAGUGUUGCAGAGAUAUUGCAAAUGUGGUUAGACAAUUUGUUGAUGCAUAUGAAGCAUUAUGUUUGAAUAGUAAGUAUUAGUAAAGUCUUUAUUUGCAUGUGUAACACGCAAUAGGGCCAUUCAUAUACCAGCAAAAAUAAGUUGGUUAACAUGGCCGAAGCACGUGACGUAUAUCAGUAAGAAUCUGAAUUCUGAUUGGUUUAUAUUCAUAUAAUAAUAUGUAUGCAUAUUGUUUGUUAAAAUUAAACUGACUACACUCUAUGACUAUAUAUAUAGCAAACGUUUGUCACCAUUGUCGAUCGCUUUAUAUUACUUCACAUUAUUGAUCACAUAUUGGCAUUGCAUGUCGUCACUAAUUUUAUAAUAAUUCGAUUUGUUAGCACUCCUAGUAUGCUACUGCGUGUUUGCACUUGGCUGAAAACUGCGCUACCCAAAACUAGCUCCCAAGAUAAAACCCGUUCCGCCGCCACUGGAGUCAGACCUUUGAAAAGUUGGUCAAAAUGUUCACCAAAACUUGGUCAAAAUAUCAGGACCCCUCCCCCCCCCCACAAUGUUAAUAUGCCCAGAAAAUAUUACCGACCGUUGAAACAAGCAUGUUUAAAUUGACUCGCGUUCGAUGGAGGUUUGAUCUCGGCACUGAUUUUUCAAUUGCCGCAUUAGCCAUUAAUUGAUGAGUAUAUAAAUUAAAAAUAACACAUCGAUAAUUCAUCGACAAUAUUUGAAAGUUUAUAAAUAUACCGAUAGUGCAAUCACGGCGUCGUCUACUUUUUUCGGCAGAUAUACAGCUAGUUAUGCAAGACUGACAAAGGUAGGUUCUAGCUGCUCUUGGACAUCAACUAGAGCAGGGAGAACCGGCUCGUGGCUUCAGGUUGAUCUGGGACAACUCACCACAGUGACACUGACAGGAAUAGCAACCCAGGGAACAUGCUAUGGCAUCAAUGAAUGGGCAAAGUCGUACUCGGUUUCAUACAGCUAUGACCCCAAUUCAUGGACACCUUACAAAGAAUCAGGCAAAGUAAAGGUAAGUCAGCGCAUCAAUCUUGUAUGGUGAAAUUUUACAAAACACGGAUUCAGAAAUUAAUAUAAAGGCCCGUUUACACUUGCAUCUUUUGCUGCGAUUUCUAAUGCGAAUUUCUUCUUCUGAUAAUAAAUAAUAAUAAUAAAUUAUGUUUAUCUUGCGCCAUUUACACUGAAUUAACGAAUCUAAUCUAUUCAAAUCUAAAUUAAUCUAAUCAAAUAUAUUGUUUUGCCCACUUCGUAGGCUAGCAUAAAGUGCAAGGGAUGAUCCUCCUUCUUCAUUUUAAUCAGUAUGUGUGCCCUCAUCUGAAUAUUCAUAACUCGUUCACAUGCAUCGGAAGUCGAAUAUCGCACUAUACACUAAGUGUACCGGCUUAAGCCAGUUUUCCACUAGGCGGAAUUUUGCGCGCGGAGCGGAAUCUUUCUUUGUCUUGUGAUUUCUCGGGUGGAACUAAUUAGAAAAGACAAAGAAAAAUUCCGUUCCGCGCGCAAAAUUCCGCCUGGUGGAAAACAGGCUUUAAACGGGCCUUAAGUGCACAAAAAAUGUCCGCUUAGGCCUGUUGUACUCGGAAAACUCACCUGAGUGGGAUGAAUUAUUGAAACCUCAUCUGAUGUUUUUAAUUUAGGUUUUUCAAGCAAACACCGAUCAAAGUUCCAUCGUUACCCACUCAUUCAAAUCUCCUAUUCGUGCUCGGUACCUGCGUGUGUUGCCAAAAUCUUGGAGCGGUUAUCCUACAAUGAGGCUCGAGCUUUACGGUUGUCGAUGUAUUUAAUACAUGCAUGCAUUGUUAUAUUACAGACCUGUGUAUACCAGUAAUAAUUUCUACAUAUGUAGCGCAUGGUUACUUUUUCUUUGUAAUAUGUUUUGUUAUUGUAAUGAUAAUAAAUUGUAGCUUGGCCAACUGGCAUGCAAGUGUACACUGAAUGCGUUCAUUGAAGACUUAUCAGAGGGUGGUGAAGGGUAUAUUCGUGAGAUGUGAAACAGCG